CCGACUCUUCUCCGACCAGCGACGGGUAAAGUGGCCACUUGCUAUCUCACUCCUACCCGUCCUCCAUCUUUUCCGCUUCCUCCUAGUCCUGCGUCUAGGUCCUCCUUAGGAGCGGCGAUGUCGGCGCCCGUGACGGUGUACGGGCCGAUGAUCUCGCCGGCGGUGGCGCGGGUGGCGGCGUGCCUCCUGGAGAAGGACGUGCCUUUCCAGCUCCAGCCGGUGGACAUGUCCAAGGGCGAGCACAAGUCCCCCUCCUUCCUCAAGCUCCAGCCCUUCGGCCAGGUCCCCGCCUUCAAAGACCACCUCACCACAGUCUUCGAGUCAAGGGCCAUUUGCCGUUACAUCUGCGACCAGUACGCUGACCGUGGUAACCGGAGUCUCCUAGGCCGGGAAGAAGAUGGGGCGGUAGGCCGUGCUGCCAUUGAGCAAUGGAUAGAGUCUGAAGGCCAGGCGUUUAACCCGCCGAGCUUGGCGAUCGCAUUCCAGCUCACAUUUGCACCACUUAUGGGUAGGGCCACUGACAUAGCUGUGGUCGAGCAGAAUGAAGCGAAGCUUGCAAAGGUGCUUGACGUGUAUGAGCAGCGGCUGGGGGAGAGCCAGUAUUUUGCAGGCGACGAGUUCAGCCUUGCAGACCUUGUGCACAUGCCUAAUACCGAUCUCCUGGUGAGCAAGACCAACAAGGCGGGGCUGAUCACCGAGAGAAAGAAUCUGGCGAGAUGGUGGGAUGAAGUCUCAGUUCGUCCUUCGUGGAAGAAAGUUGUUGAGAUGCAGAGUGUACCACGGCCCUCUAAAUCUACUUGAGCAGCUUCUGAUGGCAGUUAGUCACAUUUCUGUUUUGCGUUGUCAUUGCUUUUGAAUGUUAAUAGUGUGAAAGACUCGGUCUUGUCUGUACUACUUAUUAUUCUGCUAUCUAUGUUAGUGGUGUUAUUGAGUCUGUGCAUGGUUGGAUAUGUUCCUCACAUCAAGUCGAUUGGGCAAACUGAUAAAUUACCGCUUUCCAUAUAUCCAUUCACAUGUUGGUACCCUGUUA